AUGUCAGAGACGCCGAAAAGACGCAGGUUUUUACCUGAGCCCAUCGAAGUGUCAUCACGCAGCUCGAAGAAUAAUCAUACUGACCCACCUGCAAAACAACACUCGCACCCCAAAAACUUAAGUUCCCAAUCUCCCGAAUCAGACCUCAACAGGUAUCCGAGGCCAUGGCUCGACAAUACUGCCUUUCCACGAUCGAAAGGACAAAAAAUGAAACCUCAAAGAGAACCACAGGACGUGAAGGACCGUCAUUUGGCGCCAAGGCUGCUUCAGACCACCCCAAUGACCUUAAAAGACGAGCUGAAACAAGACGGCCCGAGGAAAUUCACACCUCAGUUAAUGGAAACAGCAAGGCACUCCUUUCGCCGGGGACGAAAGGCGUUUACCAUUGAUAGCUCGCCAGAGUUAGAAACACGAGACCUGGAUCUUCCGCACACUCAUACCGACACAUCUAUUGACGUACCGCUGGACAGUACCCAUGGCAUCCAUGAAUCACGAUUCUCAUACUCGAGCCUUCUUCGUCGUCAGGAGUCCAGGAGGCAUUCUUUCCGUGUCCCCGAUCUCCCUGCGAUCCCUUCAAGCUGUAGUGAGGGUUCGGAUGAAUCGAAUAUACCAAACCCCGGUUUUAGUCCGUUGUCUGUUCCGUCUCAUGUGCCGGAAAGACGCCAAAAUACCAACAAACGCCAAGGGUUUGCUCAUGAUCGGCGCCUUGCAGACUACGUUUCCCCCCUUCCGGUCCAUCCCUCGGAGAAUCAACUAAAGGAGCAAGCUUUGGCAGCUUUCCCAAACGAGCAAGUUUACCAGCCCGUUCAUCACUUUGCGAUAGAUAGGGAAGAAGAAGACUGGACCUAUGGGGAAGAUAAUGUUCUACGCUACGAAAGGCCAGAGCUUAGAGCCUCUCGACGUGCGUCAUCUACAGAUCUUCACUGGGAACUGGAGUACUUGCGCAGGCACAAGGAGAAGGUUGGAGCGAGAGAUCGUUACACACCGGGAAUGAGAGGGGCACGCUUUUCAAGCGCAGCUCGUCGAGCUUCUAGAAGCAUUGACAAAUUCGCAACCUCCAAUGAGAAACGGGACAGGGACCGUGAGUUGACAAGGCUGAAACGCACCAGCCCACCAAUGCUUGGAGACGAUCUCGUCUUUCCCCAAAGUUCGACACCACAGACAACGAUUUGCGAAGAAACCCACCCCGUUGGUUCUAAUGAGUGUCGGUAUAUAUUCCCUGGAUUCCCUGGCCUCUGGAGUGCGGACCCUCAUCAUUCUACUAAACAUGAUGCCGGUGGCCUUUGGAUGGGAACCUGCAAAAUUGAGAGGAGUAGCGCACAUUCUGGCGAUUCUUUGUUGCCAGGUAUAGUUACUCCUAUACAUGAUAUUCCAGGAGAUACCUGGAAAUGCCCGAAUGGAAUUUCUGCCGUCAGACAUUCAAAUCAGCACCUUACAGUUCGGACAAAAGGUUCCCACAUUACUUCCAGUCAAAAUGAGGGCUGCGAACCUGAAUUUAAUGACGGAUUUGUUACUCAAAUUUAUAAUUAUUUGUCGCUAGGAUAUCCGAGUGUUGCCCGCUACUAUGACUAUGAACUUAGUAAAGUGUCGGGCGUCCCAAUAGCAGCGUUAAGAGGUAAUGAUCUGAACACCGACGCGAAAGGCCAUGUGGGCGUUCAAGACACAACAAAUGAUGAUGCGGCAAAUGGUGCGUGUAUGCGUUGGGUGGCUUUACGGUUGUAUAUCCGUGAAUGGGUUCGUCAGCAACCUGGUAUGGUUGAUUCGGCUAGUUACCAUGAUACUUGGGGUGUGCGCGAACGCAAGGGAAGCUGGGCAUUUUAA